AUGCUGGACAAAAUCAACAAUCAGUUAUCCACAAUUAAGCACGAUAUUACCAAUAUGAAAAGCAAUGUAACUGAACUUGAAAAAGGCUUAAACGCAGUCAACGACGACGUUGCUGAAAUUAAAGAAAGUAUGAAGCGGAAGGCUGCAGAUUUAAAGCAGCUAGAAGACUAAGAAAGAGAAGUAGAAGAUCUUCGCAACAGUUCCCGAAGAAAUAACUCGAUGUUUUAUAGCAUUCCGGAAAAGUCAGAAGGCGAUAAUUGUGUGGCUUUCAUACAAGGCUUCAUAGCCUCGCACAUGGGCUUGGAAACAUUGUGUGGAUACGUCGAAAUUGAGCGUGCUAAUCGUACUCCGACGCAAUUAAACAAAAACAGAAAGAGUCCAAGACCGAUCCACGUAGCCUUUCUAAAAUACACGGAUAAGACGAAGAUUCUGGCGAAUGCUGCGGUUAGACUUAAAGAUAAUCCGUUUCAUGGAAAUCUAAUCGGAAUUGGAGCUGACUUCGCAAAAGACACCCAAGAACGCCGAAAAGCGCUUAUUCCUUUCAAGAAACAUCUUCAAAAGAAGCUAGAAGAGCAAGAAUGCAGGGUUUUCAUAGCCUACCCGGCCACGUUAAAGUAUUCGGACUCGAAGGGCAAAGUUAUAACUGUAAGAAACGAAGAGCUGAAGAAAAUGGAGAGCGAAAUGGAAAAGUAAAAAUGCUAUUAGCAGGAGAACAUUAAUCGCCGUCUGUUGCUAGUUCGAGGUUUUUGGAACCCCGCACGGCCAAACUCGUGAACUCCUUCGAGGAGGUAAACUGUUUCUAUGUGUUGUUCUGUAUUGUUAUUGUUAUCCUUCUGUAA